AUCCAUUCAAUCGCACCAUGCUGAAGUUCCUGAUCCUGUUGUCGGCUGUAGCCUGCGCCCUGGGAGGCACCAUCCCCGAGGGUCUCCUGCCCCAGUUGGAUGGCCGCAUUGUCGGCGGUACUGCUACCACCAUCAGCAGCUUCCCCUGGCAGAUCUCCCUGCAGCGCAGUGGCAGCCACUCCUGCGGUGGAUCCAUCUACUCCGCCAGGGUGAUCGUGACCGCCGCUCACUGCCUGCAGUCCGUGUCCGCCUCCUCCCUGCAGAUCCGCGCCGGAUCCAGCUACUGGAGCUCUGGUGGCGUCGUCGCCAAGGUUUCCUCUUUCAAGAACCACGAGGGUUACAACGCCAACACCAUGGUCAACGACAUCGCUGUGCUCCAUCUGAGCUCCUCUCUGAGCUUCAGCUCCACCAUCAAGGCCAUCGGUCUGGCUAGCUCCAACCCCGCCAACGGUGCUGCUGCCUCCGUCUCCGGAUGGGGUACCGAGUCCUCUGGCUCCAGCUCCAUUCCCUCCCAGCUGCGUUAUGUCAACGUGAACAUCGUCAGCCAGAGCCGGUGCUCUUCUUCCUCCUAUGGCUACGGAAACCAGAUCAAGAGCUCCAUGAUCUGCGCUUUUGCCAGCGGCAAGGACUCGUGCCAGGGUGACUCCGGUGGCCCACUGGUCUCCGGCGGAGUCCUCGUCGGUGUUGUCUCCUGGGGAUACGGAUGUGCUGCCGCUAACUACCCCGGUGUCUAUGCCGAUGUUGCUGCCCUCCGCUCCUGGGUGAUCAACAACGCCUAAUUAUUUUUCGAAAUAAAUCAUAUAUGAACAGUUUAUGACGGUCGUCAGUUUAUUUUAAAAGAUGGUCUUAGUUAAAAAUCAGGACACAGGGUUCACAUUUUUAGAUGGUAAUGACUGUUCGAGUGCAAUGACUAUUAGAUAUAGUGAGUUGUGCAAGCAGUAAAGGGACUGCUUUUAGGACUAUGGAAAUUGAUUGAUUGGAUUUAACUAUCCCCAUAUUCUGUUAGAAUGCCCUAAGGAUUAUUAGCGUGAUUGGAAUUGUAAACAACUAGGCAUUAUUAAGAAGCAAACU